GUUGGCAUUCAACGCCUUCCGAGGUCCGGAGAUCCAGAGGGUUCGGCGGGCAACAGAAGGAGUGUCGCGAACAGUUCAGUUCCGGUUUCCAUGUACAGGGUCAGAACGGCCACCGGGAUCCCUUCACAGAGGGGGAAGGUGGCGUCGAUGGUGAGCGAGGUGCGCUCAGCUUUCCGGCACACCGGUGCCACCAUCCUCUCGGACGGGAGGAAGUCGCGCAGCGGCAAGCCGCUCGUGAACUUCCUUGCCGGGGGUGCCAACGGUGCCCUGCUGUACGCCACCGUCGCACGUGACGGGUCUGUCCGUGACACUGCGGAUAUCGUGUACCGCAGGUGGCGGGCCAUCAUCUUGUCCUUUCCUGCAAAGGACGUGAUCGGCUUCUGCAUAGAAUCCGCCAGUUACUAUAUGGCGGCGGCGCGCAGAUUCGCCACAGACGAGGACCCUUCCAUCAGGAGGAUCACUUGGCUUCACUGCUCCUCCCAUGUCUGCAACUUGAUAUUGUCAGAUAUCAGAACGCGAGUGGGGUGGGUCAAGGACACUAUCAUCCGGGACCGGUCGGGAGAAGACGUGGAGCCCGAGGUGUGGGGAGCACGACCUGCAGGCAUUGUUCGCGAGCAGGCGAUCCAGCAGCAGGUCGUCGCUUUCCAUGAUAGCCGACUAUCCAGAGCCCGUGCAGUUCAGGACGUGUUCGGCCAGAGGGCGACGGAGCUGCGACCGUGGCCAGAGGCGGUCGGCGACGGUCCAGAUAGUGAUGCAGAUGGCGGCGACCCUUGCGACGAGUGGACCGAUGAUGAUGACGCGCCCGUUAGUGGCGACACGACGACAGAGCGGGUGUACUUCACUUACGGUGGAGGACCUGACGGCAUGGAUUCACACACAUCGGUCAUCACUGAUGAUGUGUCGUCGAUCGGACAGGCCAGUGGCACCGGCAGAGGUGGUGGUCGUCGUGGACGACGUCCGAGUGCGGCCGACGUGUUGGAGCUGGAGCCACGAGGAGGCCUUCGGAUGACGGGCAGGCGUUGGGAGGUUAGGAGCGACAGCGAGCACGAGAGGGAGGCCGAGGAGGAGGAGGUGCCCCGUCAGGAUCGUCGCUACUCUCCCUCCCAUCAUCGGACCACUACACCGCCCGAGGCACUUAGGCCUUCAGAGAGGAUGGCGUCGACAGCAGGGAGAGAGCGGACGUAUGAGAACGAGGAGCGUGAGGGGGAGAGGACUCCUUCGGGCUCUGGUAUCCGCCCCCGCUCGCCGUCGGAGCUCUGUAGAAACGACUUUGACGUCGGACACACAGUGACGAUAUGGACGUGGGUGGCGAUGGCAAGAGCGACACAUCGGGUGACGAGGGACGGGAUGUCGCCGCGGGCGGACGAUCUCCCCCUGGUGGAGGCGGUGGCGACGGCGAGACCGCGGGUGAUGAGGGAUAGGGUGCCGCCGUGUGUGGCGGGGGAGAGGGUGGACCCGGUGGAGAUGGGGAUACCGCAGCUGACGAGGGACAGGGUGCCGACGCGGGUGGUGGGGGAGACGAUGGACCCGACGGAGAUGAUGACGACGACUACGGUCGCGAGGACGAUGCGUAUUGGCUCGCCUUGGUCUUGAGGGACCCCACAGUCCCCCCCCUCCGCCCUGACGAUAGAGCGCACGCUUUAUUUAACG